AUCUGAGCGAGCAGAGGCCAGAGGUGUACUGCAAAUCAUCUCGUCUUCUCGAUAAACAUAACACCACAGAUAACCUCUCUCUCUCUGUAUAUUUGCCCUUCCAUUUCUGCUUCUUCUCUUCAAACUCUACUUCUUCUUCUUCUUCUUAUCUGCAACCCUAAUUCCCCAAUCAUGAGUUGGUGGUGGGCUGGCGCCAUCGGAGCUGCAAGGAAGAAGUCGGAGGAAGACGAUGGGCCUCCCAAGUGCCAGAGCGUGGGCCUGAUAAUCGGCGUCACGGGAAUCGUUGGCAAUAGCCUGGCAGAGAUCCUGCCGCUCUCCGACACGCCUGGAGGCCCCUGGAAGGUCUAUGGGGUGGCGCGCCGACCCCGGCCGCCCUGGAACGUCGAUCACCCCAUCGAAUAUAUCCAGUGCGACGUCUCCGAUCCCGACGCCGCCGCCGCCAAGCUCUCCCCCCUCCAGGACGUCACUCACCUCUUCUACGUAACCUGGACCGACCGAUCCACCGAGGCAGAGAAUUGCCAGGCCAACGGAGCGAUGUUCCGGAACGUUCUCAACGCCGUGAUUCCGAAUUGCCCCAAUCUCCAGCACAUCUGCCUCCAGACCGGCCGGAAACACUAUCUCGGACCUUUCGAAGGCAUCCGGGGUUCUCAAGCCCACGAUCCGCCGUUCCACGAGGAUCUCCCGAGGCUCGACGCCCCGAAUUUCUACUACACUCUCGAGGAUAUUCUCUUCGAGGAGGUGCAGAAGAAGGAGGGACCAAUCACUUGGUCGGUGCACCGCCCCGGCGUGAUCUUCGGAUUCUCGCCGUACAGCAUGAUGAACAUGAUUGGAACGCUCUGCGUCUACGCCACGAUUUGCAAGCACGAGGGGAUUCCUUUGCGGUUUCCGGGCUCGCUUAGCGCGUGGGAGGGCUACUUCGACGUCUCAGACGCCGACUUGAUCGCGGAGCACCAUAUUUGGGCGGCAGUGGACCCGUACGCGAAGAACGAGGCCUUCAAUUGUAGCAACGGCGACGUGUUCAAGUGGAAGCAUUUCUGGAAGGUUCUGGCGGAGCAAUUUGGGGCGGAAUACGCCGAAUUCGAAGAGGGGUCGGGAUUGAAGCUGGAGGAGAUGAUGAAGAACAAGGAACCGGUCUGGGAGGAGAUUGUGAGAGAGAACGGAUUGGUACCCACCGAACUGUCGGAAGUUGGGAAUUGGUGGUUCGUGGAUUCGACGUUGAGCGUUGGAGGCUUGCUGGACAGUAUGAACAAGAGCAAAGAGCACGGAUUCCUGGGUUUCAGGAACUCCAAAUCGUCUUUCCUAUCUUGGAUCGACAAGAUGAGAGCUUACAAGAUCAUUCCUUGAGUUCAAUAUCAUCUUCAUCUGGGUCUCUCUCGAUCGUUGACAAUAUGCUGCUAGUUGUGUUGUUCGAAGAAUCCAAUAAUUAAUCUCGAGCACGAACCUUGCCGGUUCGCGUUCAUCAUCGACGCCAUUCUUGUUAUCUUCCAUUCUGGGACUGGAAUUGCAAUGAUUGAAGCCCA